AUGCCAAACUGUCCCAGAUUAGCCGAUCCUCAACCAGUUAUCAUAACAAUAAAGAAUGCAGCUGAACUGAAAUUAUCAAACUAUGAUACAUCACUCGGUACAGUUACAGAGAUAUCAUGUUUAGGAUAUCCAGAGUAUAUCCCAAUAGGACCCAAAUCAUUAAAAUGUUUAUCAUCUGGUUCAUGGAAUGAUAGCAUACCAACAUGUGAGGCUGCACGAUUUGUUACUUCUACUACUACCACAAUAGAAGAAUCGGAUCCAACUGUUCUAGUAGAUAGUGAUAUCAGUAUGCUACCUAUAAUAUGUGUUGCUGUGCUGUUAGCUUUAGUAUUUUUAGUACUAGUGAUAUUAGUUGCAUGUACUGUUCGAUUCUGGAAGAAACCGAAAUCACCACAAACUGAAGCCUCAACUUUUUCUGAACGAAAUAGUCAGCUUAGAAGAUCAGAACCAAAUCUGUAUUCACGACCACCUACUAUGUUUAACACACGUCAAUAUGCAGAUUCCUGGGAUUCUGUGUCUGUGGAUUUUGAUCGACGAGGUGGAGCAGUGCCAGAUGGCGACGCUGGUUAUGAUUUCAUAUAUAAUGGUUCCAUUGUUACUGCUAUUAAUAGUAACACCGGUAAUGGAAGACCUGAUUAUAGAAAUUCAUCACCCAAACACUGGUCAAACAGUUUCUCAACUCAUGCCUAUCGUGAACCUAAACAAGGUUUGCAAAACCGCCCACAUCCUGACUAUUAA